GGUUAUUACAAGAUAUUGAGUAUAGUUCCCUGUGCUGUAAGUAGGUCCUUGUUGUUUAUCUACUUUAUAUAUAGUAGUGUGUAUAUGUUAAGACUAUGACUUUUAAAAAAAUACAGAGCAGGAAAGAGUAAGCCUUUAAGUACUAGUCCUUAUUCAUACAAUAAUACGAAUGCAGCCCGCAUCCUAAGAACAGGUAUAGGUAAGAAGGAAAUGCAUGAGGUGAUGAGGAGGUUGAGUGGAGUGGCCAGGGGACAAAGGGAGGGAAAGGUAAUGGAGAGACUGGGGGCCCCAACAAAGUGCCCCAAGCUCACUUAAUAGUUUUGCUCAGCUGAUUCCAGGCCGACUUUCCGUUUCUGGAGGCACUUGUCUGGGUCGUGUUAAACACAGACUAGCAGAAAGAGAAUGGACUAACUGCCAGGGGUGCAUUGCCGACAGAGGGCCUGCAGGUAGACAGAGCGCUGAUCUCAGGGUCAGCAGGUCCUGGGCUUGACUUUGUCCACAGCUGGUUCAGGACCAGGUCUCUCUCUGGGACUCAGUUUCUUCAUCCGUAAAACCGGCGGCCUGCUGUUCUGGGAGCCUGUGCGCCAAGCAGAGAAUGGCCGGGAGUGAUGUGCGUGGUCUACGCGAUGAGUAUGACCCAGCUGGUCCCUCUUUCCUUUUCCCUCCACUCCAGAGACAGGGGGGCCGAGAAGGAGGAGCGCUUAAGGAGAGCCAUCCGCCAGGUGCUCAAGUGUGACAUCCUGAAAGAACGGCCCCUGGAACCUGCGGUCCUGCCCCGGCCCAGGGGCCAUCUGGUGCUGAGCGGGGACUUUGAGGCCAGCUUCUUCAUGGUGGGGGUCAAGAGGUUCUCCGCACUGCCCGUGGAUGAGAAAUUCCUGCGGGAGGCCCUGCAGGAGACCUGCUUCAUCACUGAGAAGCUGGAGGAGUUUCCGCAGGCCGCUGAGACCCGCUUGGAUAACUGCUCCGACUACACAAGGUUCUUCUUCCUGGUGGCCCGGAGAAGGGACCGAGGCAGCGACCUGGAGGAAUGGGCAGCAAGCAGGGCAGGGCUCCAUCAUCGCUCUGCCACCUCAUUCGCGUUCCUCUCCAUGUAGUCAGCUUUACGUAGAACCCUUACCAGCAAAUGAUUGCCAGGGGCACCAGGCAUUUCUCUGGCCCAAGGAAUGUGACUGCAUCUGUGCGUGGCACUACAAACCUCCCGUGCCAUUCUCCGAGGGCUCUCUCUUCCCUCCCCUGCUGGCUGGAGGCAGAGAAUCCAGCAGAGGACCCUGAGGCCCUAGGAAAUGACGGAGCUACACAGUAGAAGCCUGCCCAUCUGGAGCAGUACUCCGCCCUUGACCCCCACUACACUGAAAUGUGAUGUGAACCAAAAAUAAACAUUUGUUUUGU